AUGGUCGACAUCGCGGAACAGGAUCAGUGGAUCAACCACCUGGGCGAGUGCAAGCAGCUCAGCGAGAACGACAUCAAGCGGCUCUGCGACAAGGCGCGCGAGAUCCUGCUCGAGGAGUCCAAUGUCCAGCCCGUCCGAUGCCCCGUCACUGUGUGCGGUGACAUCCACGGCCAGUUCCACGACCUCUCGGAGCUCUUCCGGAUCGGCGGCAACUCGCCAGACACCAAUUACCUGUUCAUGGGAGACUACGUCGACCGCGGCUACUACUCGGUCGAGACGGUGACGCUGCUGGUCGCGCUCAAGGUGCGGUACCGCGACCGCGUCACCAUCCUGCGCGGCAACCACGAGUCGCGACAGAUCACCCAGGUUUACGGCUUCUACGACGAGUGCCUCCGCAAGUACGGCAACGCCAACGUGUGGAAGUACUUUACCGACCUGUUCGACUACCUGCCGCUGACGGCGCUCAUCGACGACCAGAUCUUCUGCCUGCACGGCGGUCUGUCGCCCUCGAUCGACACGCUGGACCACAUCCGAUCCAUCGACCGCAUCCAGGAGGUGCCGCACGAGGGACCGAUGUGCGACCUGCUGUGGUCGGAUCCCGAUGACCGCUGCGGAUGGGGCAUCUCGCCCCGUGGCGCCGGCUACACGUUUGGUCAGGACAUUAGCGAGGCUUUCAACCACAACAACGGGCUGACGCUCGUCGCGCGGGCGCACCAGCUGGUCAUGGACGGCUUCAACUGGUCGCAGGAGCGCAACGUGGUGACGAUCUUUUCCGCACCCAACUACUGCUACCGCUGCGGCAACCAGGCGGCGAUUAUGGAGAUUGACGAGAACCUCAAAUACACGUUCCUCCAGUUUGACCCGGCGCCACGGGCGGGCGAGCCGCUCGUGUCGCGACGGGUGCCAGACUACUUUUUGUAA